CAGCUUCCUGAUCUUCCUGUAGCAAAGAUCAAACCAAGACAACAUAACUGCAAUCCUGUUUCCUGUCAAGGAUCAGAAGUCAAUAAAAUUUUAAACCUUUUAUUGCAACUUAUUUUUAAGAAGUGAUAUAUUCAACACAGGAAUGAUCUUCUAAUGGAUGUCGGAGCUGGAAAAGGCCAUGGUGGCUCUCAUUGAUGUUUUCCAUCAAUAUUCCGGGAAGGAGGGUGACAAGCACAAGCUGAAGAAAUCUGAACUCAAGGAGCUCAUCAAUAAUGAGCUUUCCCAUUUUUUAGAGGAAAUCAAAGAGCAAGAGGUUGUGGAUAAAGUCAUGGAAACACUGGACAGUGAUGGAGACGGCGAAUAUGACUUCCAGGAAUUUAUAGCCUUUGUUGCCAUGGUUACCACUGCCUGCCAUGAGUUCUUUGAACAUGAGUGAAACAGACAAAGCAGCCAAACUGCUCCUGAAACAGAGAUGAAGGUCAUACAGGAAGCAGAGAGCAAGGGCUUGCAGGCUAGUAGCUGCUGAGCUUUCCAGACAUGCCGUAGCUAAUUAGGAAGCUUGAUUUGCUUUGUGAAUGAAAAAAUGAAAACUUCUUUGUGAGGCUGUUUCCACGGGCCCACAUCCUUUCUGCUGUCUUGUUAGGCAGACGCAUAAGCUGACUGGUUCCAAGAACUCUUGGAAAUAAUCCUUUGGGAAAGUCAAUGCCCAGUUAUAAAGCAUGUUCUGUACAGCCUGUGUGGCUGUGUAGAAUUCUAACCCACAAAGAACAAAAAUGACUACCAAAAAUUACUCUGGGUUAUUUGUGGUUUCCCUAAGGCUCUACCACACUUAAAAAUACAAAGCCUUGUCCAUCAUCAUUUGAAAAGGCUGCACUUCCUUAAAUUUGCUCAUUAUCAGUGCAAAUGAAACCUAAAACACCUACCCAAGAAUAUGGUGACAUAUUUCUUUCCCGAUGAUGAGUUACAAUUACUGGGUAAAUAUCUAACCCUAACGGUUCUGGUGAAAAAUAUGCUUCAUAAACCAAGUACUGACAUUUUAACACUGAAAACUGAGCGUCAAAAUUGUACACUCGGAAUUCUGCUUCUGAUAGGACGACACUUAGAUGACUCUGUGGGACACGCAGGGCCGGGUCUUAGCUCUGCCGAGCUGGAGAAAGCAGCUGUGCGGCAGGAAGCUCCGUCCCGGGCCUGGGCGGCGGGCUACAAAGCGACCAAGGGCUGAUCCCUCAGCCUCGGCGGUGCGGGGGCAGGGGCCGGCGCCGUGAGUGCAGUGAGUGCAGCUGCACAGCUUGACUGUAUGUUUAGUAUCCGUGAAUCCAAUAAACCAAGUUUCAAAUGAUUCAAAUAAUCAAGUUACAAACAAUAAAAAUCGCUUCCUGGAAAGUUCGAAACAACUUUACCCACCCCUUUUUCUUUUUUUUUGUUAAAGGCAUAGACUUGGAAAUUCUAUUGCUUGCUUGCAUUUGCAUUAAAUAAAAACAGCAACUGGAA